AUGGGGGUGGCGCAGCAGCAGCACCUGCAACCAGCACCUCAGCAUCCGCAGCAGCAGCAGCAGCAGCACAUGCAGCCGCCGCAGAUGCAGCAGCAGCAUCGGCAUCCGCAGCAGCAGCAGCCGCACAUACAGCCGCAGCAGAUGCGGCAGCAGCAGCUGCAUCCCCAGCAGCAGCAUAUGCAGCCGCAGCGUCAGCAUCCGCAGCAGCAGCACCUGCAGCAGCACCAGCAGCAGCAAGAGCAGCUGCUGCACUCUACCCCCAUGGGGGCCCCGUCGUUUCCCCCCGCUCCAGUGGAUAUUCAGCAGCAGCAGCUGCAGCACAUGCAGAUGCAGCAGCAGCAGCAGCAGCAGCAGCAGCUCCAGCAGCAGCACAUGCUACAACAGCAGCGUCUUCCGUUCACCAGCCCACCGAUGCAGCAGACUGUGCAGCAGCCAGUGCUGCAGCAGCAGCAGCAGCAGCAGCAGCACCGCAUGGUGCCACCGCAGCAGCACGUGCUGCAGCAGCAGCCGUUUCAGCUGUCGCAAGAGGACUUGCAUCAGCCACACAUGCAGCAGCAGCAGCACCUGCUGCCGCAGCACCGCCAGCACCAGCAGCACCCGAUAGAACAGCAGCAGCAGCAGCAGCAGCAGCAGCAGCAGCAGCAGCAGCAAGACAGCGAAGCCCCCAGACCCCCACUUGCCUUUGAUUACUCGCAGCAGCUGGGUGCAGCGCGGCCUCCGUCCCCGACGCUGGGCGCAGCAAGUACACCCGAGCAGCAGCAGCAGCAGCAGAUGCACCAGCAGCAGCAGCAGAUGCAGCAGCAGAUGCAGCAGCAACAACAGCAGCUGCUUAUGCAGCAGCAGCUGCAGCAACAUCAACAAAUGCAACAGCAGCAGUCCGCGUGGUUGCAGCAGCAGCAGCAGCAGCAGCACUUUCAGGCCCCACUGCCCUCUCAGGCUGUAGCAUCGCUGCAGCCGCAGCUGCAGCAGCGGCGGGGGAUGGUGCCGCUGCAGCAGCUGCAGCAGCAGCAGCAGCAGCAGCACGUGCGACAGCAGCAGCUGAUGGUGCAAGGACAUCAGCAGCCGCCGCCGCAGCAGCAGCAGCAGUCCCCUGCUCCUGGACAUCUGCAGCAGCAGCAGCGACAGCAGCAUCACCAGCAGCAGCAGCAGCAGCAACAGCAGCAGCAGCAGCAAUCGGCUGCAUUUCGACAGCAGCCGAAGCUGCUGCAGUCGCCGCACCCCUCUGCGCCGCGCGCAGCAGCAGCAAAAACAGCAGCAGCAGCAAGCAGCCCAGGAGACACACCAGGAGCACAGGCAGCAUCAACACCAGCAGCAGCAGCAGCAGCAGCAGCAGCAGCAGCAGGAUCAGCAGCAGCAGCCUCAGGCCGGAAAGCGUCUUCUGGAGCUUCAGCAGCAGGCACACCUACACCCGCAGCAGCAGCAGCAGCAGCAGCAGCAGCAGCAGCAGCAGACUGGGACGAGCAAGACAGCGACGGAGAAGAUGAUGAAUGUGUGAACGAUACAACUGCUGUUGCUGUUGGCUGCAUCGGAGCUCUAGCAGCAAACCCUCAGCUGCUGCCGCUGCUGCGGCCCCACCUGCCGCUGCUUACAGAGCUGGCGUGGCUGCGAACGCCUUUCAGCGGCACACUACACAUAUACAGCAGGGGCUGCAGCAAGAGCUGCAGCAGAAGCAGGAGCUUGCUGAAAGCGCUGGCGGACCUUGGGGGAUUCCAAGAGUACUUGAGCGUCCUCAAGGUGCUGAAAGCGCUGGCGGACCUUGGGGGAUUCCAAGAGUACUUGAGCGUCCUCAAGGUGCUGAAAGCGCUGGCGGACCUUGGGGGAUUCCAAGAGUACUUGAGCGUCCUCAAGGUGACACAUAUACAGCAGGGGCUGCAGCAAGAGCUGCAGCAGAAGCAGGAGCUUGGGCAGCUGCAGCAGCAGCAGUGA